AUGAUCGAGAGACCCAAAAUUGAAAUUGAGAAAGUUCGAGUCCAAGUACUCGAGUGGACACUCAAAUUUUACCCUUUCCCAACGUUUCUUCGCGCCCUUUAUGCCCUCUUUGACAGCGAUAGUCUGGACAAUUCCGUGCUCCAGUACCUUCAAACCCAGGGUAACCACCUUUGCGGCAGUCCCAUCCGCUUCAUCGAAUCUAUGCUUCACCUGUGGUUCGUCAGCGCAGCUCCGGUUCUUGCCCGAGAUGCCCUAGGAACAGACGUGGAUUCCAUCGCCUUGGGCAGAAAUGGUCAAAUUGCCGAAGACUUGGACGCUGAUAGCUCUUCAGCAAAGCUUCUCUACGUCAAUCUGGGAAUCCUGUCCAUGCUUCUAACCUCUAAGAACUGGAGAGACCCGGCUGAUUCUUCACUCCACGCUGCCACACUCACUGCGAAUACCGUGGCGUCCAUGGUUUUUGCAGCGUACUCUAUUGGGAUGGUGCAACGAAACCUAGACUGGAGCUUCCGUACUGGAAGAGUCCCAUUCCGUCGCGUCAUUCACACAUUUGUCAAAUGUGCUUGGCAACUCUCUCGCCAAGGUGGGAAUAUCAUUGACCGUGGCCCUGGUGGGCUAUUUGGUGCCCUGUCUGAGGAAAUCAGAUUGUCGCAUCAUGGCAAACGCAUCUUGAUUCGCGCCGACCAGGAAGAGGAUGAAGAAGACAAGGAAGAAGAGCAGGAAGAAGAAGGUGAUAAUAAUUUUGAUCUUCAUUCCGAAGAGGAAGAUGAUAGGGAAAAGAAAAAAAAGGAAGAACUAUGGCUUGAGCCGCCCUUUUGGCAUCCCUUCAAGCAAGUCCCAGACGUCACUGGCAUCACUCAUAGAAUGCCGAGCUCCGCGAUGGAGAUUAUUUUACCAUUUCAGCGUUACUAUCGUGGGCUUCGCUUCAGAUUUGACAGGGACAAUCGUCCUCGUACUAUCAUCCGAACAAAAUAUCGGCUCAAGCAGUUUAAUGAUCUCGCAUCCGAAUCUGGAAUGUGGUAUCCUGAUGAAGAGAUACAUGAAGGGGUUUCGGAUGAGGCAUACGAUGUUUUCCCAAGGUACCAGUUUAGCGUCCCAACUUGCAAGCGACCAGCAUCAGACUUUAAAGGUCAUGCCACACUUCCGCUACUCACCAGUGCUGCCAGAGCCAUGAGAUUUGAGGAGGAACCUGAUGAGGUCAAUGGCACGUUAUUCAUGAUGUUGUUUGGUGGUCUGGAAGGUGGGGAAUUCUCUUAA